AUGGUUGUGAGUGGGUUUGAUGACAUCGCGCAGGCCUGGAUUGCUGAUCACGCCGUUAGUGUGAUACACCGAGCAGAUUAUCAUACGGUCCUCCUGAACGAAGCAUUGCGGCUAGGAGCUGAUCUUCGGAAGAACUCAGAAGUGGUGGAUGGCGAUUUCUCACCUCCAAAACCUUACGUGUUGCUGCAGACUGGUGAAAAGGUUGAGGGAGACGUCGUUGUUGGCCUAUGGUCGUUCAUUCGCGAUAUGGUACUGGAGAAACCUUCUCCGCCGGAACCAACAGGUGACUUAGCAUAUCGUGGCACCUUUACUCGAGCACAGCUUGAAGCAUUUAACGACCCAGACAUCAACGAAUUGAUCAACUCAAGAUGCACUUACAACUGGAUGGGCCACAAUAAACACACUGUCUUUUACCCCGUCAAGGACGCAACUGCUUUCAACCUGGUUCUUAUUCGCCCAGAUGACCUCCCACCAGAUUCAAGGACGUCUGCAGGUGAUAUCGGAGAGAUGCGAAUGACUUAUGAAGGCUGGGAUCCUGUAGUGCAGAAGAUUAUAUCAUGCCACAAUAGCGUCUUGAAAUGGAAGCUGUGUCAUCACGAGGAACUUAGAACUUGGGUCUCGGGUAAUGCUAUCACUAUAGGCGACGCGUCUCAUCCCAGCUUGCCAUAUCAAGCGCAAGGAGCCGCCAUGGCGGUCGAAGAUGGCUGUGUGCUUGGGACUCUACUCGGGCGCUUACAAAGCUCGGAUCUAAUACCCGAGGAGGGUAAGCGAGAAAAGAUACAUUCCAUCCUGGAACUGUGCGAAGGUCUGCGUAAGAAGAGAACAACGCUUCAAGUGAGAGGUGCUAUCGCAAAUCGCUAUAUGUUCCACCUGCCCGACGGUCCUGAGCAAGAACAACGCGACAGAGAUUUAGCAGAGGUUGACUGGAUCAAACCGUGCCGGUGGCAAUGGGCCGAUUUCGGAUACCAGAAGAAAAUGCUGGGGUUUGAAAUGGUGCAAGACACGAACAACGCGUUCGAAGUGUGGAUUGAAGACGUGCGCAAUGGUGAUGCUUAG